AUGGUCGAAGGUUUCUUAGUGGGGAAGAUGAAGAUGAUGCUAGGAACCAUUCGAUCUACACAGAUACGUCAGCAAUAUCGGUUGCCAUACGCCGGAGUCGCCGAAGACAUUCUCGUGUCAGACGUCAGAGUCGCCGGAGACAUGGCGUAUGAGCGGUCGGAGACGGAGACAUGGCGUAUGAGCGGUCGGAGACGGAGACAUGGCGUAUCAGCGGGGUGUGUGAUGGUGAAUAACAAUCGAAGCUCUAAUUUUGGUGAUGAGAGUGUGAGUUGA